AUGUGUGUUCAUGGGUUUGGCCUUGAUUUGAUUAAAAAUGACUUCAAGGUUGUCAGGAUUUCGUAUUUGGGAUCAGAAAAUGGGUUUAAGGUUCCUCCUCAAGUCAAAAUUUAUGCCCUCGACGAUCGUUCUUGGAGGCAUUUUGAUGGUGUUGUGCUGCAUUUUGGCAUGGUUAAUUACUUUUUGUCACAAGCUUAUUUGAAUGGAAAGGUUCAUUGGGUUUCUUACAAGCUUAUUGACCCGGUUACUCGUGGUUGUUUUGUUCUAUUUUUUGAUUUGGGUAAUGAAGUCUUUGGGGAGAUUGAGUUGCCACUGAGUCUGGUUCAUCAGUUUCCUAGGAACAUGUUGACUGCUAUAGUGGGUGAAUUGCUUUCGGUGCUACAGUAUGAUUCGCCGAUAUACAGUAAGAGUUGUAAGGUGUUGGUUAUGAAAGAAUAUGGGGUGGUGGGGUCUUGGAGUAAGCAAUAUACAAUUGAUCUUGAUGGAAGAUUGGUGUUGACGCUUGGCUUGAGAAAGAACGGUGAAAUGCUGUUGGGAAUGGGUAGAGAGGUGGUCUUAUAUGACUCUGAGAGCCAAGAAAUCACAAACCUUGGAGUUCGUGGCAGCAAAGAUGCAUUUUAG